AUGCAUAUUGAAGUCCAAGUAGCCCUGAAUUUCGUAAUUUCGUACCUGUACAACAAACUACCAAGACGGCGAGUCAACAUAUUCGGCGAAGAGUUAGAAAAAGCCUUAAAAGAAAAAUUUCAAGGCCACUGGUAUCCAGAGAAACCGUUUAAAGGAUCGGCCUUCAGAUGUCUGAAGACAGGUGACCCCAUUGACAAAGUGCUUGAGAGGGCGGCCAAAGAGAGCGGAGUACCCAUCCAGGAUAUCCUCGAAAAUCUUCCCCAAGAGUUGGCCGUUUGGGUUGAUCCCGGUGAAGUGAGUUACCGUAUCGGCGAAAAAGGCGCCGUAAAAAUCCUCUUCAGUGAUAAAGUCGAUCCUCAAGACGAGCACUCCGCCGACAGAGAAGUCACCAAGACCUUCAACCCCGAAGCCCAGUGUUUCAGGCCGAUUGAAUGCGUUACGUCCACGAUGAACAACUUGAGCUUAUCUCCGAAGAACCUGACGCCAUUUCCGCAAAACAACCAACAACCAAAUCCGGCGGUAGGAUCGCAACUCCACCAGCAGGUUCCGAUUUCACAACACAACGGCGGCAGCACACAGGCGCCACCUAACAACAUCAACCACUUGCCGUCACCAUCACUGGCGCCCUCGCCCACUCUGAAUACAUCUUACAAAGGAUCGCCCUCGCCUGUGCCCGCUUUCAUACCCAGAACCACCACUCCCCUGACCUUUACUACGGCAACCUUUGCUCAAACCAAGUUCGGUAGCACUAAGUUAAAGACUAGCAGCAAACGAGCCAAUAGAAUGUCUCCAACCGAAUUCUCCAACUACAUCAAGCAACGAGCAAUGCAGCAACAGCUCCACCAACAACCGCCGCAUCACUCCCCGGCGGGCCGUGCACUUUCCCCAGAUCCCUCGACAUAUUAUUUCCCUCACGGCCACUACCCGCCCCAGUUCCCGCCGCGUUCCGUUUUCGAGUCUUCCAACCAAUUCCUUAGUCCCGACGUCUAUUCCGGGAAGCUGCCCUUCGAGCAUUCGCCGCCCCUGGGACCUUAUUAUCCCAACAACGGGCCCGUAGGAGCGCCAACGUCCGCCCCUACUACACCGCAGGACAAUGGGAAGCUAAUAGACAACAACUGGCCGUACCCCAGCGCUGGCCAGUAUCAGCAUUUGCUCGUAGCAAACUGA